GUAGAUUAAUACUUAUACUAGUAUCAAAUGUUUUAGAAAAACAGCUUUUGCUUACAUAAUAUUAGAGCAUCAUGUUUACAUUGUGAACUUUUAUUUAAGGCCAAAUUGUAGACAAGUAGACAUAGGAAUGGGCCGGAGGAACAAGCCAAGGGCAACAAGACCAGAAAUAGGUGAUAAAUUGGUAACACCUGACCCUCAUCCAAUGGUUGUGGGAGCAGUGAAAUGUGUACUACCCAGGAAGACUGCCUUAAACUUACUUAAGGCUUGUGAAGUAACCACAAACAUCCGAAGUCCUGUCUCCAAUACAUAUGAGAGAUUAGAUAAUAGAGUGGUGAAAAUCUGUGUCAAUCUAUGGCCUGUCCUGGCUUCAGCAAAAGAGCCUGUAGAGGAAAGCAGUAGUUCGCUGGAUGAAGAGGAACCUGGGACCAGCACAGAUACAAGGACCUUCAACACAUCAAAGUCUGGUGAGCAGCGUCCGAGAGACCAAGAAAGGAGACCCCAUGUUAGACAAGAAUUGGACAGGGCUAAAGCAAGCUGUCUAGUGAAGCCUAUUUUACUACCCAUAAGUAAACUAUCCCUUACAACACGACUAGCACAUUCAGAGUGCAUGGGAAUGCCAGUGCCACACACAUCUCUGCCACAGAUAUGUGUAUCAGACCAAGAUGCCUUGGUCAAAUCCUCCAAGGGGACAAAAGCCAUUGAGAAUAAGGCACCAUUUCCCAUGAUCCUAUUGCAGAAGACCAGCACUUUGAUGGACAGCACCAUUAUCUCCCAAUGUAAGUCUGCCCAGGUUCACCUCCCUGAGAUCUCAGUGUCCAGUAUAGAAGGCCUGCUUCAGAGAGUUACAGAGCGAGUGGGAAGGAGAGAGAGAAAGAGGGAUGAGACAUCGGGACUGACCAAUCCUGAUCAUCUUCUCAUGGCUGGCGCGCUGCGAAACCUGAGAGAGAAGAGGCUCCAGCAUCGGGGAGACUAUAGCUCAGAGGGAGCGGUAAGAUGUCCAGAGGUCAAGCCAAUCGGUGGACAGAAAGGGACCACUCUAGUAACAGAGAAUGGAAUGCAGAACCCUGCCUCCCUCUGCAAUAAAACCAAACUGCCUGUCAUCCUUAGUAUGACCAAAGGAAGCCUUUGAACAUGGAUGAAUCACCAUCAACAAUAGAUAAAUUGUACAUGUUAAUAAAGUUGUUAGAACAAAAUACCCAAGAUAGACGUAUCCCCAUUUAAAGGUUUAUUACUAUAUGUUCUGUAUACAUCUAGUUAUAUGUACACAUAAAUAAUCAUACACAUAAUCAAGUAUGAAUGUUCAAGCAUAAUAUAGUACAUCAUAAGACCAUACAUUCAAUUGUAUGUAUAGAUACACAUACCUAUCAGUUAUUGUAUCUCUCCAAUACGUCAGACUGCAGUACAGCACAGUAGUAAACUGCUUUGGAUUUACAGCUACAUUGUUUUUUUUUCAAGUUCCAUACAGUAUAAUAUGAGCCCAAUUAAAAAGAGAUUUUUAAAAAAUGAUAUAAAAACAGUUUACCUAAUGAAGGCAGUGUUUGGAGUCUGGUAUGCAGUCUGGUAACUGUACAUCUCAAUGUUGUGCCAGUGCAAAUAAACCAUGUUUUAGCAUCAAAUAAAUGUGACUGGACAUCAGAAAAAUAUAUAUUUUUCUCUCUGUGCAAAACAUGAGACCAAUGUGAAAAGAUAUUGAUGAUUUUGUUGCCCUGAACAUUUUCAGUGAUAAUGUAACAAUCAUUGUGUGCAGCAUUUCUCAGUUAAAGUGCUUUAGGCAAAAUGCAAAGAUAUUGAA